AUGUGUGCAUGUGUGUUACAGAGCCUUUGGACGCUUGACAAUUGGAAGCCGUUCAAUGACUUCAAGGGGGCGGAUAUGAAUCUUGUCAUGGAGAUAAACCGCAACUACGCCGACUGGGCGGACAAACUGUGCGGGAAAAUCAUCCCUGUCCGUGGUAAUUUCUUCUGUUACACCAAACACGAACCAGUUGGCGUCUGUGGGCAGAUUAUUCCAUGGAAUUUCCCGCUGUUGAUGAUGGCCUGGAAGAUCGGCCCAGCCCUUGCGUGUGGAAACACAGCGGACCUCAAGCCUACGGAGCAGUCGCCGCUCACCGCCCUUUAUGUUUGCUCCCUCAUUAAAGAGGCUGGUUUCCCGCCCGGUGUGGUAAACGUGGUUCCCGGAUAUGGUCCCACGACUUGCGCCGCCAUUACCAGCCACCCUGAUAUCAGAAAAGUCGCUUUCACAGGAUCUGCCGAGGCUGGCAAAAUCGUGAUGGUGGGAGCGGCCGAAAGCAACAUGAAGCCGGUUACCCUGGAGCUGGGAUGCAAGAGUCCCGUCAUAGUCUGCAAGGACGCAGACCUGGACAAGGUGGUGGAAUUGGCCAACAACGCCAUCUUUUUCAAAAUGGGUCGGGGAGAUCAUGAGCAACCAGGGGGCUUCUCCACAUUGACAUCAGGGAGAUCAAGAGUAACCGGGAGGCUUCUCCACAUUGACAUCCGGGAGAUCAUGAGUAACCAGGGGGCUUCUCUACAUUAA